GGGCUCGUAGGAAGCAUAGUCGCCAUUUUGGCUCAAAGCUAAGUUCUAGCUUUUGCUUGGUUUAUAAACGUUACCUUACUUUUUAUAUUAUUUCUUUUAAUAUCCUGUUGUGACACAGUCUGUCUAAUAUUGGUGAUACUGGAUAUUGAUUUGCCUUUUUUGUUAAUUAAUAUAGCGGAUAACACUUUCUAACUUGUGUGUUUUACUUAAGUAGGAUCAGGUGAAAACAUGGGAGGAUGCUCGGCACCGAAUUGCUCAAAUUCAACGACAAUUGGAAAGCAGUUAUUUCGUUUCCCAAAAGACCCAGUAAGAAUGAAAAAAUGGGUGAUUAAUUGUCGGCGAGAUUUUAUACCUACCACAUGUUCCAGGUUAUGCGAGGAUCACUUUGAGCUGAGCCAGUUCGAAGAAAUCGCAAGAUCUCCUGCAGGAGGAAAGAAGCUAAAGCCAAAUGCUAUCCCUACAGUAUUUGAUGUGCCUGAUCCACCUUCACCCAUCCUUAUGAAAGAAGUGAAAAUAAAAUUGGACUAUGCUGGUAAGAGGACUCGUGGCGAUCAUGGUUAUGCUCGGAAGCAACUAUGCAGUGAAACUGGAGAGCCUGAAAACAAUGAGGAGAACAAUAAAGAAGAUUACAGCUGUAGGGAGUGUGAUCGGUUCAAGGCACAUUUGGAACAGCAAUAUCUGAACAAUGCUAUAUUGCAAAGACAGGUUGAAGAAAUGAAGAAAAAACUAAAUAAACUGAAUAAAAUAGAAAAAAGCCUGCAAAAUUUUCUGUUUGAUGAUCAGAUACGUGCCCUCUCGCUAACAAAGCGUUCCAGGCGUGCUGUGUGGUCACAGAACACCGUACAAUCUGCUCGACGGAUCAGAGCUGCCGUAGGAGGGAAAGGUUAUGAGUUUUUAAGAGAAUUAGGCUAUCCACUCCCUUCAUACAGGACUCUGUGUAACAGAGUUGAACCCACUAUUAUCGCGCCACCUGCAGUACCAGAAGAGAUGGCAGAGAUUUGUGCUGAAACUCAGGAAAAAUGUGCUCUCGCUCUCCUGCUAAGUUCUAGCCCUGGUACUGUUGUUAGGAGUUAGAGAUGGUAGGAUGAUACAUUGAAUUUGGACAUAGAGCCCUAUUCAUGAGCAGUAUUUGUUGAAAAACUGUUUUUUUGAAAGGCAGUUUUGAUUAAGAAAAUAAGGUUUUUGAUUACCUUUCUUGGCUGUUUCAAACAAACUGUAGUUUAUUGUUAUGUUUCCAAACACUUAGCCAUUGAGAGCAUUUAAAAAUGUUUAAAAAAAAAAAAAUAAUAAUAAUAAUAAUAAAAUACAAAAAAAAUGUUAGUUCAAGUCAAUACAUUUCUGUUGGCAGACUUGAGGCUGUUGAACACUGCUUUCAGAGCUGGAAAUAUAAUUUAGUAUAUUUUCCUCAUAUCAAGCAAUGUAAAUUAUACCUUAAUCAUAGUAUGGCUAGAGUUGGGUACUUUUUAAAUCCAAAUCCAAACAAUGUUUAAAAUAUGUUUAGUUAUGACGUGGCAUUUUAUAUCGCUAACAUUUGGAAAAUGUCUGUUCAGAAUAAACAAGUGUGGUGACUAGCCAUUUUAAUGCUUUAAAUAGCUUGGGGCUUCCAGGGUUACAAAGAGAAAAUAAAAAAGUGCAGCUAUGUAACAUUCUGCUAUUGCUGAGACUUUGCCAGUUCAGCCAUCACUGCUGCUCGUUUUUAUGCUGAUUUUUUUUUUUUUUUUUUUUUUGAUAAUUACUGUCACAUUUUGGCUUCUGUAAAUGGCAGAGGUAUGUUUAAAGCUUAGCUGUUUGUACGUUAAUAUGCACAAUUGGCUGUCUGUUAUGGGCUGUUCUGUCGCAAAAUAUAUGUAAAAAAAAAAAGGAGAUGUGGAAGCGAGGGUAUAAAAGGUUACACAUUUUCCUUAACACAAACAUUUGGUUUGAAAGGUAAGCUGAUUUGGUCAUUUUUACCAAAUUAUAUAGUCCACCUUCCUAUGAAAAAAUGUUGACGAGAUAUGGGGGAAAAAAUAUAUACUGCAAUAUCAAUUAUAUUAUACUGUAAUAUCAAGUAAUAUACCUGAUGGGCGUUAAAACCAUGCUAUGUAAAACACCUGUGUAACUUUGUGUGUGUGCGUGUGUGUACUGGAAAAUAAACGUGUCAUUGAGGGGCAGUGUGGUUUUGUCCUGUGUUGUAUGUGAAUCGGUACCCUGUCAUUACGUGCAUGUCCGUUCUCUGUUAUAAUAAACUCUUUGGUCACUUGGCACCUAUUCA